UCACGCUCUGGAAUACACCUGGCCUCCGAGGUUCCGCAUAUGAAUGCGUUUGAACAGGUAAAUGGAUACUCGAGUCUUGUGAAUCAAGGGUGCUUCUUCCACGACGUGCAAUUGUUGGCGGUGUGAAUGUGUUGAGUUCUACUAUUGUUUGGUCGAUUUGUUUGUUGGCUGUGAAUCGGCGGGAGAUUCUGUGAUGAUCAUUAAUUUUAAUGCUAAGUGGCCAAGUGAAUCAUGACUCCGCGGUUAGUGUCCGAUGGUAGCCGGUGAUCAUUAUUACGAUUCUUGUGUGUUCUUGCUGUGAUGUGAUAUUUGACGAACAUUUUUCUGGAUUAAUCGAAUUGUUAUUCUUUAUACAGUAAAAGACUGUUAAGAAGGAAGAUAAGGCGUUUGAUAUCCCGAAGAAUCGUUUGAUUAGUAUUGUGUAAUGCAGAAAGAUCUUGCAAUAUGUCGAAUUGGAACGUGCUUCUCACUUCGCGCAAUGAUCAUUGUUGUCAUUCAAUCGAGCGCCUUAAUAUACUUCGGUAGUGAUGGCGCAAUUGUACCACCGCCUUGGAGUAACAUUGAUAAAAACCCAUGCGCCGCAUUGCCUGGUGGCUGGCAAAUGCUUUAUUGGGCGCCACUCAAAAAGUGUUUCAAGAUAUUUCAAGUGGGCUAUCCAUGCCCGGACACAAUGGAACUAAGUCCACCCUCCAAUAACAACCAUACAGCAGAAUGUCGAUGUCCACCGGGAACUGCGCAAAGUGUUUUAAAUGAUGAAUGUCAUACAUUGUUUACGAAAGGCCCAUGUAGUGACGGUGAAUAUUUCAGUCCGGUGACCGAUGUGAGGACUCUCAGUACUUGGAAGACAGGAGGAGCGCAGAAACUAGGAAAGUGCAAAUUAGGUCGCAAUUGCCCUAAUGGAUCUGUGUUCUGGCCACCUGAUGAUAAAUGUUAUGCAUUGUAUACACGUGGCCCAUGCCCUAAAGGAAAGCUUUUAACGGUUGGAGCAGGUCAAAUUGGCGAAUGCAAGUGCGAAAAUCGGGGAGCAUUAGCUGCAUAUUUCUAUAAUGAAGAGGAUUCAUGCUAUGAGCAUUUUACAAAGGGCCCAUGCCAAAAGUUUGGUGAAUUAUUUUUGCCCAGUCGAAAAUGUGGAUGUCAUCCCAAACUACCACACUAUUAUGAGAAAACGAAUCAGUGUUUUGAAAUAGGAACGCCGGGACCAUGUUCAAAAGGUCACAUAUUUACUGUUUCGGAAAACACUGACGACCAAAAUCCUCAUGCUUCCUGCGUCUGCAAAACAGGCUACAUCCCUUGGUCUGAUGGUUCAUGCUACCGGCUCUACACCCGUGGUCCAUGCGCUGAAGGACAAUUUCUUAUCAACAGCACUACUUGUACACCAAAUAUCUGUGGAAAAGGGCGUCUUUACUUUCCAGAACAAAAUACCUGUUACAAAAUUGGAUCGCAGGGACCGUGUUCAUUGUAUGAAGUGGUCGUUUUCGACUUCACUUCAAGGCCCUCAGUGGAUGGGAUAUCAUACAACGGAGUUUGUGGUUGCACUGCCUUGAUAAAAGGAUUGGAGCAAACCUGUACUUCCACUCAGGAGGAGGAAAAAUCAGAUAGCUGCGACUCGACUCCUGGAAUGAUCAACAUUAAUGGCAUUUGUUAUAAGCUAUAUACCCAGGGCCCCUGUGGAUCGGGACAAUGGUUAGAGCCAGUGAAACAGUUAUCAUCCGAAGAGCUUACGUCUUCGAAUAAAGUACAAUGCAAAUGUCGACCUGGCUACACGACUUCAGAGACAAAAUCAGGGACAUUACGGUGUUUCGCUCCGACCGUGGGGUUGGCUAGGUAUUUGAAUAGCCAGAAUUUUAAUCAUAGAUCGUACAAGUUUGGCUUCCGUAAAAUAAUUUCUGUAACACAAGUAAAAUGACCUACAUUACCAUAUCUUCUAUGAUAACUCCUUUUCUAGUGAUAUCAUUUAUCUCCUGCCUUUAGAUGCUAGUCAUUUUCCGUGUCUACUCUAUAUGUAAUUUGUUGUGAAUAACAAUCAGACGAUAGUGCAUGAAACUUUUCUCCAUAUUAAUUACUUCUCGAACCAAAUAUGUGUGUAUGUAUAUAACGCAUGGCGAUUAUUACAAUAGAAACAACCACAAAAGGACUAUAAACUGUGAAAGGUCAGUUCUAAAUAAUUCAAUUGUUUUUAUAGGUGGAUACUUCAAUUGAUAGGGUACGAGGAGGCAACCUAGGACUAUGCUAUGAUUAAUUGGUAUUUUACAAAGUUACCGAAAGCACUUUUCCAUAAAUUGUGUAUAGUCGUUAUCGAAUCGUGCCAUGACAACUUUCAUUUUGUUGAGAACUUUACCAAGAAUUAAUUUUAUUAUGUAUGACCCAGUUAUCAAUAAAGUAUGUAUUCAAAAAAAA